UGGGGAUGUCGUGGUUUCUGACUCUAUCUUCCCCGGUGCAGUUGUGGCGAUAGACUGUAAUGGAAAACAUCGUUUCUCUUAUACCGGGCAUCCACCUGGAUCAGAGUUAAUGCUUUGGGGAAUUUGUACUGACGAUUUAUCGCACAUACUUCUGUGUGAUAAAAAAACAAAUACAUUACAGAUGAUAGACAAGGAUGGACAAUUCUUAUCACAUCUCCUUAUAAGACCAUCUGGGAUAUUCAUCCCACACAGUCUGAGUUAUGAUGAAAACACUCAUCGUCUCUGGGUCGGAUCAGAAGACAACAAUGUUGUGGGUAUCUUUAUGUAUAUAACCCGACAGAUCACUGUGACAGGUCAACUGCCAAUUACCGCUGACGUGAUUCAAUCUGAGCAACAAAUCAAAGAUAAAGAAACUUCACAUACAACAGAAAAAAGUAAACUGAAAUGGAAAUCUCCCCCAAAGCUACAUCAACUUCUAACAGUUUCAGAAAUUGAGGGUUGUAAUCAUAUUUCCUUUGUUACAUCAAACUGCUUCUGGAUUAGUGAUUAUAAAAAUAGCCUCAUUUUGACAAACACAAAGGGUGAAACAUUAUAUCAUUUAGACAAUUUAUAUUGUGGUGAGUUAUAUAGUGACAGUUUGUAUAGUGACUCGUUUCAUUUAAUUGGCUCACAUACAGUUAACAAUGAGAGUGAGUUAUUUUAUAUAGAUAAGGAUUGUUCCAUCAACAAACUGUCAAAAGAUAUGAAAACAACCUCCACGUUUUUAGAGUAUACGAAAUGCACAUGGAGACCACGGUGUUUGUCCUGGUCUCCAUCCACUGGAGAUUUACUGGUCGGAAUGAUUAAUGGGGUACAUAAAAAGGCAGGAAGUGUAACCCGGUAUAAUCAAACUGGGCAACUAAUACAAAUAAUACAACACGACGAAAUUGAUCAAGAUAUGUAUAGCAAACCUAACUAUGUUAAAGAGAAUAAAAAUGGGGAUGUCGUUGUCUCUGAUGCCUUCACAGCUGUAGUUGUGACGGAGCGUGAGGGAAUGUAUCGUUUCUCCUACACUGGACAUCCAUCAGGAUCUGGACUUAUGGCAUGUGGAAUUUGUACUGACGAGCUGUCACAUAUACUGGUGUGUGAUAAUAGAACAGAGACUGUGCAUAUGAUUGACAAGGACGGUCAGUUCCUGUCACAUCUACUGACAAGAUCACAAGAGAUAAGUGAACCACUGAGUGUGAAUUAUGACAUCAACACCCAUUAUUUGUGGUUGGGGUCGUGGCACAACAACACACUGUGCGUAUAUAAGUAUUUAAACCAACAGAACAUUCUGUCAGACACACCUUCAAAGUAUUCUGCGGGAAAUACCUUGUCCAGUUUAAGUCAAAGAUUAUAAUGGAUGUACAUUUGAUGCUGAUUAACAAGAAAUAUUGACGAAACUCAAAAUGUUUACCUUUUCUUUUAACUUCGAAAAAUCGACAAGUGAACAACAGUUACAUUUACAUGAAACA